AUGGUUUGGUCAAAGGGAGCGUGGUUUAUUUUCAGUAAACCCUUCAUCUUCAAAAAAUGGACUUCGCAUUUUAGCCCGGAAAGAGACGAAUAUUCCAAUGUUCCUAUAUGGUUCAAAAUCCAUGAUUUACAGUUGUGUUGUUGGACCCCUGUAGGAAUUUCUAAAAUUGCUACAAAAAUUGGAAUACCCCUUGCUGUCGAUGCUCUCACAGCCUCCAAAUCCAGACUCACCUACGCUCGAGUAUAUGUCCAAGUUGACUCUACUGCUACCUACCCUGCAAUUGUCCCUAUUACGGUUGAAAGAAAGCUCUUCAAUCUGAGAAUUCAAUACGAAUGGCGCCCUUCUAUUUGCAACCUCUACAAAUCCUUCAACCAUCAAGCUAUUUCAUGCCCAUCAAACCCAAACCCUAAACCUUCUCUCCCUCCUACUAUCUCCCGUGGAAGGCGUACAAGCCGAAGACCCAGACCUCCAUCCACAAAUCCCACGGGCAUCCUCCCGAACCCCAACAUUCCCACUGAACCUCUCCAUGCCUUAACUCAAGACAUUGCUCCUCCACCAAAAGAUGUUGUCAUUCCUUCUUCAAACAUAUUGCUCUCAUAUAUAGAAACUCGGCCUAAUUCUCAAAUCCCUCCCCCAACAAAUUCUUCUACCCUACCAGAAUCCGCUCCUACUGCUGUUAUUCCUUAUAUUACUGAGACAUCUCAUCCUCAACAAAAUUCUGUGACAAUUCCCAACCUCAACUCUCCAACUCUGCCUUCUUCUUCCUCAUCCGAUUUACCCCCUCCUCCUCACAUUCCUCCACCAAAAAUGCUCUCUCCAAACAAAUUUUCUAUCUUGCAAUCUCUCUCUGAUUCUGAAACUGCUUCCAACAUUGAACCUGAACCGGAACCAGAUGAUCACUUACUUCAAACAAAACUGGGAACUUCCUCACCCCUUUCUAGCUAUAAGCCUAAUACCUCUCAACCAAGCACAACUCCUCAGUCUCAAAGAAACAUAAGGGGAAAGGGCGCCAAGAAAGGCCCUAAGACUAAAAAUAAUCAUCCAUGA